AAAAGACUUAUUAUCAGUAAUUUAGGCCAAAAAUAACGAUGGAAAAUUAUUUUUUAUUGAAUUUUUAGUUCAUUUUAUUUUAGGGAAUAGAAGAGGAAAAAAGGGUUUUCUCCCUUCUAAAAAAUUCCGUUCUCCCCAAGCUGAAGCAAUUCGUGAAGGUUUGUCGAAAUCAAAGCUAGCAACUAGUCAGAACCCAAAGAAAUCGAAGAUUGUUGAUAUGUAUCAAGAUUCAACUUAGUUUGAAAUUAUAGAGGCAAGUCCUUUUGUCAAUUGAAGAAGAAGACGGAAGAAUAGUGAGCAGAAUCUGAAAGAUACCUAUUUUUGUAAUGGCUUCUUCAAUGUUCCUAGCCCAACGUCGGUGGUUCCAUUCCCUUCCAAGAAACCUUUCCAAUGCUCGGUUCUUCUCUGCUUUACCUUCUCAACACCCUGUUUCUGUUUCUGGACCUCAAAACAAUGUUGGCCCCAAAUCUAACAAGUUCGAAAAGGCUUCUUCAGCUCCCUCUUCGUUGAAGGAACCUGAACUCGCCAAGUUCUCUGCAAUUGCCGAUACUUGGUGGGAUUCUGAAGGACCAUUUAAACCAUUGCAUAAAAUGAAUCCUACCAGGCUCGCUUUUUUACGCUCAACUCUUUGUCGACAUUUCCGAAAGGAUCCUCUCUCUGCUAGGCCCUUUGAAGGACUAAGGUUUAUUGAUGUCGGUUGCGGUGGUGGUAUUCUGUCAGAGCCGCUGACUCGAAUGGGAGCAACUGUCACUGGAAUUGAUGCAAUAGAGAAAAACAUCAAGAUUGCCCGUCUUCAUGCUAAUUUGGAUCCAACAACUUCAACUAUUGAAUACUGUUGUACAACAGCAGAAAAGCUGGUUGAAGAGCAGAGAAAGUUUGAUGCAGUGAUUGCUUUAGAGGUGAUUGAGCACGUAGCAGAUGCUGCUGAAUUCUGCAAGUCUCUCUCAGCAUUAACUGCUCAUGAAGGAGCUACUGUUGUUUCAACAAUUAACCGCUCUAUGAGAUCAUAUGCAACUGCCAUUGUUGCAGCAGAGUACCUGCUACAGUGGCUACCUAAAGGUACACAUCAAUGGUCGAGUUUCCUGACCCCAGAAGAACUCACUAUGAUUCUAAAACGUGCAGGGGUUGAUGUGAAAGAGAUGGCGGGAUUUGUGUACAACCCUUUAACAGGGAGAUGGUCACUAUCGGAUGAUAUUAGUGUAAAUUUUAUUGCUUAUGGUACUAAAGAAAAGUAAUGAAUAGGGUUGUUAAGGUGUGCCAGACUGUGGAACAACGUAGCGCCGCAAAUUCGUUUUGAGUGAGCCUCAUUUGAUGAGGCACACUUCUAGUGCGUCCACUCGCCCUUUUUGAAUCAUGGUAUGCGCAUAAUGAAGUUUUUUUAUUUUUUUAAUUAAAUCACAUGGUUGAAGUUCUCUAAUGUAUCUUUAUUUUUUGAUUUGUUGUAUUGUCAAACUUCCUAUUUUGUUUGUAAUGUUGGAGUAUUUAUCAAUAAACAUGCGACUAUAAGGAAAUAAUCAAAUAUUCGAAA